AACUAUCAGAAGCAGAGCAUAAAAUGAGUGAUUGAAUGUAAGAGUAUGUUUCAAGUACUGGACGAAAAAAUCCUCUCCCCAUGCUUUUAUAAAUGCAGAAUGCAGUGGUGGGGAGAGAACGGGGACAGGUGAUCAUUUCUCUGCAGAAGGGAGAGCUUGGUCAUCUUCUGACCUAAGCUCUCUGAAGUGUAGGAUCCUCCAGAGAAUGCCCAGAGCCCAGACAGCGCAGCCCCAAAUGGUGGGCAGGCAUCACAGAGGGUGGGCAGGCAUCGCAGAGGGCUGGCAGGCAUCCUGAGCGGCCCCAGUUCCGCUCCUGAUGCUGGUCCUGGACCUGGUCCUGCUCCCACCGGGGCACCUGGGCUGCGCUUCCAUCCUGGGACAGCCCUCUGCUCUCACCCCUAGCUCAACAAAUGAGUGGAACAGACUUUCUUCCCCCUCUGUCUGUCUGCAAGUUUUUCCACAGGAAGGAAUGAUCUACCCCAAAUUCAGCCCGAUUCCUGGGCUUGGUCCCACAAUGUGUGUAGCCAUGGACAGCAGAAUAAAACCAUACACUCAGUGAAAGCCACCAAAGGAAAAAAAAAAAGAAAGAAAGAAAUAUGAUGAAGAACGAAGACACAGGUUUUAAUGUGGACAAUACACAAGCCUCUCCCUUUUCCCGCUGCCUGCAGCCACUGAGCCCUGUUACAAAGCCACACAGAACGACACCAUUUGGUGAAGAAUUCAGACAGCACCUCUCACAUUUCCGCUAUGGCCCUCCUCCUCUUGGAGACAUGGAAAGUUUUCAGGGGUCCUUGGAAGGAGGGUCUCGGAAACGCAAGAGCAUGCCAACAAAAAUGCCUCCUUCUAUUGCUCUUGAGGGUUCCUCAUCACCACCCCACAGACCUGAAGAUCAAAAUGAUAUAGGGUCUUCCAGUCUUCCCUUGGUGUUUCAACAGCCAGUACAGCCCAAGUACAGUUCCCAGAUGAUUGACCUCUGCAACUUUGGUUUUCAGUUCUACAGAACUCUGGAGCAUUUUGGAUCCAAGCCCAUUAAGCAAGAACCAGUAAAGCCUAACAUGGCAUGGCCCAGUAGUCCAGCAUUCAUGCAGGCUCCUUACCCUUAUUAUCCUAAAGUCCAUCCUGGCUUAAUGUUUCCUUUUAUUGUGCCCCCAAACCUUCACUUCAGGAACCCCAUUCAAAUGAAAAGGCCUCCAGAGCCACCCUUCAGGAGGGCAGAAGUGAGAGAAAGUGGUGAAAAUAAACAGAAAGUGGAAAGAGUAGAUGUCAACCUUCAGAUAGAUGACAGCUACUACGUUGAUGUUGGGGGUGAACAGAAACGCUGGCAAUGUCCCAUGUGUGAGAAGUCCUACACAUCCAAGUACAAUUUGGUCACCCAUAUCUUGGGGCACAGCGGCAUUAAGCCACAUGCUUGCUCCCGAUGUGGCAAGCUUUUCAAGCAGCUGAGCCACUUGCACACUCAUAUGCUCACACACCAGGGCACGAGGCCACACAAAUGCCAGGUGUGCCACAAGGCUUUCACUCAAACCAGUCACCUUAAGAGACACAUGAUGCAACACAGUGACAUCAAGCCUUACAACUGCAGGAUCUGUGGCAGAGGUUUUGCGUAUCCCAGCGAGCUGAAAGCACACGAGUCCAAGCAUGAGAGUGGCCGAGAGAACAUUUGUGUGGAGUGCGGUCUGGACUUCCCCACCCUGGCCCAGCUGAAGAGACACUUAACAACUCACCGUGGCCCAAUACAGUACAAUUGCACUGAAUGUGAUAAGACCUUCCAGUACCCAAGUCAGCUGCAAAACCACAUGAUGAAGCACAAAGACAUCCGUCCCUAUAUCUGCACUGAAUGUGGCAUGGAGUUUGUGCAGCCGCACCAUCUCAAACAGCACUCCCUAACUCACAAGGGUGUGAAAGAGCACAAAUGUGGAAUCUGUGGCCGGGAAUUUACUCUGCUGGCCAACAUGAAGCGACAUGUCCUGAUCCACACCAAUAUCAGAGCAUAUCAAUGCCAUUUGUGCUUCAAGAGCUUUGUGCAAAAGCAGACUCUCAAGGCACAUAUGAUUGUUCACUCUGAUGUCAAGCCUUUUAAAUGCAAGGUAAAUGUAUCUCCUUUGAUGACAAAGGCAUAAACUCACUGAACGUUUCUGGAAUAUUACCACCUUGUGAUAUGAAAGAAUUAGAAAAACAAGACUUGCUAACACAUUCUAUGGCUAUAUUUAAAUUAGCAUAAAAAAGUCCAGUUUCCUUUCUUGAUCCAGGUUCUGCUUAGGUAGCACAAAAAAAAUGGAGUUAAAUAUCUGUGAUUUACUCCCUUCCCCUUCAAUAUCAGUAACUUUCGUCCUGUAGUAUUUUUUUUCCGCUUAGUGAGCAUUUAAAUGCCACUGAGGUUUGAGGACAAAAAACAUACCUGACAUUUGCCUAGUACAGCCACCCAAACAGAAGUUUAAGUGCUUAAUAGCUUGAAACACUGACUAAACACAUAGAUCCUGCACCACACAGAGGACCAUGGAAAAGCAGCAGCCAGCACUUCACACAGUGAUGCUAUGCAACAGUUCAGGAAAAGACUCAAAGAAAACCACAGCAAAACAGAACUGCAGAAUGGGCCAAAUGUAAUUAUCUGACUAAAAUUCAAGGCAGGAUAUCAGUAUCAUAACAAAUCAGCCUCUAAGACCAUCUGGAAAUGCCAGAUUGCUACAUUCCUCCAGCCCUUUGGAGGAUGACAUUCCCUUUCCAUCCCCUCUUGCCUCUCAUCCCAAUAAACUUUGGAGGCCUUGGUUUUCUUGACUGCAUCAUCUCUAAUAUCUUCCUUAUGAAUUAUUCAUGUUUAUUUUCUUACUCAGUAUUAGACACUACAUCUGUUCUCCUUGCUGUCUUUCUGGUUCAUUACUGUAAUCAUACCUUGCGAAGCCAAAGACUGAGUUUUAUUCCCACUUUGAUCUGCUCUAAGAGGGCUGUAAAUAUGGAGAGGACCAUAUUACCCUGUUUACGCCUAAGUAACAGAAGAUUGGUCUGGAAGCAAUUUCUAGAACUUUUUCAUUCAACAUCUUUAUGGAAUUAAAUAUUUUCUUAAAUUGAGUCUUUCAUUUAGAAGCAAAGGAGGAUGAAGAAUUUGUAAUGGAACAAUUC